AUGGCUCUGAACAGCCCCAGGCACAGAUCAGUUAGCCAAUCGUCGCUUCAGAGCACCUAUGGCACUCAUGAAAGCACUUCCAACCCUCCAAGGCAACGAUCUCCAUCUCAGCCGCGGUUGCCCUUCCAGAGCUUGAACGAGACUUCUGUCCUUCUCCGCCCUCCUGGGCCCCUCGAGAGCAUGCUCAAAACAACUACAGAGACAGGCGACCUGGGCAUUUAUUCUAUCAAUCUGCCAUCUUUAGGUACACGUCAUCACCUCCCUCGCUCAAGAGCUAGCCACAGUGACAAGAAACGACAGUCUCAGUCUCGGCAUGAUGGCUCCAAAUACGGUGCAACAAGAGACGACCGUAAAUUGCUACCCUCAUAUCGAGACCCUACUUCCGAGAUUCUUUCACUAUACGGCGGUUCUCAGACCCCCUAUUCCAGGUCUUACUCUCCAGCUUCGGAGGAUCAGCGUUCGCAUUCCUUGACAACUUGCAGUUCAAGGCGAGUGCCUUCUUACAAAUCCUCAGGGACCUUCAGCAGUCAGCAAAGUAAUAGUGGACUUCAACGUCCUCGCUCACCAUUUCCAUACCCAGCACGUCUGAAGCGGCCUGGUGUCCGGCCUUCUUCGCCAGCAGUGACAGAUAACGGCCUCGUUGAUUACAGAAGAAUGGUUGAGAUUGACAGGUCCGCACACCGCACAACUUCUGGUUCCUACAUGACGAGAGGUCGCCGCAGGUAUCGCCAAUACCCCCCUUUGUCUUUGAGACCAGAGUAUAGUCGCUCAGCGUCUUCGCUGCCUAUGCGCACAUCAUCAGCACCUUAUUACAGAUCAGGAGCAGAUUCCUCGGGGGCACUGGGCGACAUGAUACAGCUAUACCCGGAAUCUUCCUAUCGCCAGUUUGCUGCUGAGGACCAGAGCAUUCGCUCGGCUAGCUUGACUUCUAUAGUUGAAAUGUAUCGGGGAAAAUCAUCAGAUGGCUCUGUGCAACCUACCCGGUCUCCCUGUUCAGUUUACUACGACUACACCGAAGACUGCGAAGAGACCUUCUCGGACCAUCUGCUAAAUGGGUCACCAGUUUGUUCUCCUGGUGGAGAAUUCAAGCACAUGUCAAAAGAAAAUGCUACGCAGGAUGCAAGCAUAGAAACAGACACUAGAGACAAAGGCCAUCGAGAGUCCCACGAUAAUUCGAAGAUAUCGCGCGAGCCUGCGUUGCGUGGCACGGGUACAAACCUGGUCAAGAAAAACAAUCUUGCAACUUUAACUCUAGCGAAACGUGUAUCAGUUGUUCAAUCUAGUGACUCAAGUGACUCGGACUGGGUAUGGGAUAAACCAGAGGAUACCACAAUCGUCGAAGACAACCAAGUUGUUCAGGGUGUCACUCGUGUUCCCUCCAAAGCGACAGCUCCAUGCUUCGAGGAACGGCGGCCACAGGUGAAAGAGAAUUAUACGGCUAGAAAGCUACCAUCUCACUCGGGACAGCAUCAUCUCAAUGCUAGCACAAAUAUUGGAGACCAAAAUCACGCAAGCAAACAAGUUACAACUGAACAGGAUGUGCAGGCAUCGAAGGCCCAUGCAAAGAUUCUGUCACCAAGCCCGAUCUCGCCUGCACAUCAGCUGAGACUAUCGAACAGCAUACCCCAACUAAUGAAGGCCUUACCACCAUUGCCCCAUGAGACGCAAUCUAACAACCAAAUUUCUUAUGCGGCCUCAUCUGAGGAUACCCGAGCUCACACAAAUAUCGACGGCAGCCUUGUCGAUAGCUCUGUUGCGGUUCGAUCAGGAAACGGUACCGGCGAGUGGUCCUUAGAGCCUGUGUUCAGUAGUAAUGACUUGAGAACCCCGUCCCAUCAGCGGAUACAGAGUCAACCUCAUAUGAGUCAAUCGCGAUUCAAAGUUCGCGUGAAGUCGUCUCAGCAAUCCAUUUGCUGUGAAGCCCACUUGACUGACUCUCCCAAAGUUACAGGAAGAAGCUCCAGUAGUCCUGUCAAGCCCAGACUUAGGCUCAAGGUAUCUCGCAACCGCGUGAGCAGUAAAUUGAUGGACCUCGAUGAUAUUCAUGUACGAAAUGAGGGUAUUCGGCAAUGCAAGUCACUCCUGGAAUUGGGAGAUGCGCCUCAGGGAGAAGCCUCGUCAGACAGGUCCAGCUUUGAAGAACCACUUGAGGAACAGUUGGCUCAGCUUAAUUCCGGCAAACCACUUUCGAACAUUGAAGAGGGUACCGCGCGAGUAUAUUCACCACGAAUAUCUGACCAAUUCGACAUUUCCUAUCCGUCCCCGACAAAAGGAAUAGUGAUGGCUGAGUUGGUGCCCCGAUCAAAUCUUGAGGGUAGCCCAGAUUCAUUCGACCGCCAGCAACAGGACUUCAUCAGUAGACCCAUUCCGAGGCCCCUGGGGCACAAGACGUCUGGUCCUCAACCAAAUGGGGUGAUGGGGAUAAAGGGUAGGGAAUUGAUGGCUACGUCCAAUAUCCAUGAAAUUGAUCCAGCAACAUUGGGUUGCGACAUUAUUUCUGAUAGUUCGGACGAAUCUACCUUGGCUCCUAGCCAGAUCACUGUGCUGUUGGCGCAACGACUAAAAAACAAGACGCUGCGAGUGAAGCGCUGGGUGUUGGAACUGAAGCGGACAGUACAGAAGUUGAUGAGGAGAACAUCGAAUCGACGGCAAUAG